AUGCUCGCAGCCUUCCAAUCGAGCGAUCCCGCCUUCAGCAUCUACCGCAGUUUCGACUACCUGCACUCCCGCGUGCUCCUGGACCUCCAAUAUGAGCUCUCGGAGCUGGAGCAAGAGCUGCGCACCAAGGACGACAACGACGCCACAUGUGCCAAGGGGCAAAGGCGUCUCACAUCACGAAAGAGGGAUGACGUGGAAGCAGGGAAAGAAGCGCGAGAGGACGACGGCGUCCGAACCCGGCGGCAGAUACUGACCGAGAUCCGGGGGAAAUUGGUAGAUUAUGACGAAGUCCUCAUCAAAGCCCGAGAGACGGCGACGUUCCAGCGUCCGAACAAGCGCGACUACAAGAGCGUCACGACGUGGUUUAUGAACUGGAAGCCGUUGAUCAAGCGAGAGUGGCGCUCUCUGCAGCACCAAGAGGACAUGCUUACCCUUCGCCAGGGCAGAGAAUGGGCGGGCUUCGACGGCUUGAUCGAGAAGCUGCUGACGAGAAUCGACUGCAAACCCAUCAGAUGGAUCUUCCAGCCUCGUCUCCUGUCCGAGAAGUCAAAAGACAAACACGUCCACUACUACGACGCCAAAAGAGUCGAAACCUUCGUCGCCGUCAUCAUCACUUUCAUCAUAUUCAUUCUGCUAGUGUUGCCCGUCGUCCUCAUGUACGAGCUUACUAGUAUCGGGGAUCGCCCCUCGACCUUCCGGGCAAUCGGAGUUCUCGUGGUUUUUACUCUUCUCUUCUCGGCGGCCAUGUCCUUGUUGACCAAAGCCAAACGCCACGAGCUGUUCGGCGCCUCUGCUGCGUACUGCGCCGUGCUGGUUGUUUUCAUCUCCAACUUCAACGGUUCCAGUGACGGCAGCCCGACCACGCGUUGA